GGGCCCCGACCACCGGUGUGAGGAUGGAGCCGCACCAGUCCACGGAGGAUUCCGGUCAGAAGUGCGGAGCGAGAACGGGGGAGAGAUUCCGGCUCCAGAUUGUGACGUGGAAUGUGGGAACAGCUUCCCCCCCUGAUAACGUGACCUUGUUACUGGGUUUGGAAUCAACGGAGACAGAGACGGACAUGUUCGUCAUUGGUUUACAGGAGGUGAACUCCAGUGUGACGGCCUUCCUGGUUGAUCUGGCGUUCAAUGAUGCCUGGUCUGUGUUCCUGAUGGACGCACUGGCUCCCAGGGGCUACGUCAAGGUGACUUCGAUCCGGAUGCAAGGCAUUCUGCUGCUGAUCUUUGUGAAGUCCCGUCAUCUGCCGUUCAUCCGGGACCUGCAGACCAAUUACACCCGCACGGGGAUUUACGGAUACUGGGGCAACAAAGGGGGCGUGACCAUCCGCCUGUCCAUCUACGGUCACCUGGCCUGCUUCCUGAACUGCCACCUGCCGGCCCACAUGGACAACGUGGACCACCGGCUCGACUCCUUCCAGCGCAUCCUGGACGCCCAGCAGUUUAGCGGGGAGCAGGCGGGGGGCAUUCUGGAGCACGAGCUGCUGUUCUGGUUGGGGGACCUGAAUUUCCGGAUCGCGGAUCACGGGAUGCACUUUGUCCGGGAAACGAUCAGGGGCAACCGCUUCCACCUGCUGUGGGACAAGGAUCAGCUCAACAUGGCCAAGAAGACAGAGACCAUCCUCCAGGGCUUCCAGGAAGGGGCACUGCGCUUCAAACCCACCUACAAGUUUGACCUGGGCUCCGAAAAUUACGACACCAGCCUACAGACCACUAUGGGGUUUAACGGGAAGAAGCGGAAGCCGGCCUGGACCGACCGGAUCCUCUGGAAGGUUCGGGAGCGUCCCCGGGAGGGGGCGGCCGAGGCGGACGGGCCGCGGCCGGGGGAGCCGGCGACGGUGAACCUGGAGUCGUACGGGAGCCGCAUGGAGUACGGCAUCAGCGACCACAAGCCCGUGGCGGGAACCUUCGGCCUCGAGUUCGAGAAGCUGAUCACGGAGCCGCUGGUGAAGCUGCAGCCGGAGGGCAGGUGGACUCCAGGCCGUGACGCCAUCGUCUCCUACCGCAUGUCCCAGCUCUAUCCCAGCAGCACCUGGGACUGGAUAGGGCUGUACAGGGUUGGCUUCCGAGACCGGAACGACUACGUUACGUACAUUUGGGUGAAGGACGACGAGCUUUUGCACAGCCAGGAUACAUUCCAGGUUUACCUGAGCAGCGACUAUGUGCCCACAGGCACCGGUACCUUCCUCCUCUGUUACUGCAGCAGCAACCUGGACUCCCUGGUGGGAGUCAGUGACCAUUUCCAGAUCUGCCCCGAGCCGGAGCCUGAGUUGGAGUGUGAGGCGGUGGGGAUCGUGGUGGGGGAGCAGUGUGACAAGGAGCCGUGCUGAACUGAGCGAGUUCCCGGACGCUGGGAUCAGCCCCCGGGGGAGGGGGUUAUGGUCAGCGAGUGGGGAAGUGCUCGUUGGCCCUCUCCCCCCCUCCCACCCCACACACACACACCCUCCUCCUCCGCGUGUUGUAUCGAACAACACCUUUUACCUUUAAAACCUGCGACUGGGUUUCCCCCGGUGACGGUGGGGGCUGUGUGUUGAUUCUAUUCUGUAACCACUUGGUAGCUGAGGCUGAAUGUUAGAGCCUUGCGCUGGGGGUGGGGGGUGGGUAGCGAGGUUAGAGAUGUCUGUCGCUUUUAUAGAACCCCCCCCACCCCCCAUACACUCGCACACCCACGCACAUACACACC